AUGCAAUUCACAUUCCUCGCCAUCAUUUCCUUGAUCGCCGUUGCGGUCGCUACACCUAUUUCCCCCCUCCAACCCCGUCAAUCAACACCCGCACCCUCAUCAUCAUCAGCAGCCGCAGCCGCAGCCGCAUCAACACCCGCAUCAACAUCAGCAUCAACACCAGCAGUCGAUGCAUCCACCGCAUCCAUGAGCGAUGCUCAAGGAAAUAUUAUUAACUUUGAUUCUACUGGUGUUUAUCAAGCUGCUGCGAAUGCUGGUAUGUGA